AUGGCAGCUGCUUUAUCUUGUUCUAGCAUCGCCUCAUCAGGCUUGUUCUCGGCGGCAACAAAGGCAGAGACUUUACGACUUGCCGGCGCUAAGUGUUGGGCUUGUUCGACGGCAGCCCCCGAAAUCUGCCAUGUCGUCCCCCACCCUGACCCCCAGAUUCCGGUACCAACCAAUACCGACUACAAGCAACACGAAAUCGACAGAAACAUGAUUUUGCCCACCGCGGUUGGUGGCAGAUACAGCCGGGUGUUCCUAAAACAAUUCCUGCACAGCGGCGAAGUCCCGGGCUUGGAAAAAUUAUACUCCAGCCCGAAAGAGUGGCACGGUGCUCCCCUUGCGUCCAUUCGUCGUGCGUUUGCCGCUCUUGCAAGCCCCCGUUUCUUCAUCAUUAUCGAUCCUAACAUUCGACAUAUACUUGAAGAGCUACGACAACUAUAUUUCAGUGACGACCGCCUUUCCCCUGAGCAAGUUUCUCUGCGCGCCGUGUACCGACCGCAUGCCCAGACAAGCCGAAAGCAUCAGCUAGAAGACCCGAGCCAUGAUGAGUUGGGGCGAUUUGAUAAGAAGGCUAAGGGUCAGACUACGGGUUCUACUGAAGCGCCUGCAUCGACAAAUCAGUGCCGCGCAUAUACCGAGUGGGUGUUGGGCCCCGAAUCAACUACGAAUGAUGUUGUCAAGCUAUAUGCGCCCGUUUUUUCCUCCACCUGA